AUGGUUGGUAUCACCGAAGAUCGUUUGCGGCGUAUGAAUCACCACAUCAAAUCCGAGAUUGUCAAAAUGUCUAAGAAGGUAGUUGGGAAAAAGUCCUUGGUUUGGAGUUUGAUUCGAAAGGUUUUUGCAGAAAAGACUGAGGACGAAAAAAUGGAGAUACUGAUCAAAUGCACAGGCCCACAGAAAUUCAAAGAUUUUGUGCCUGACGAUGUCUUGGACGAAGCCCUCAAGUCUAUCCCACAUUUAGAGGUCAAGUCAGAUUUUGAUGGUUUGCGACAGCGGCUUGACCAAAAACUUCUCGACAACAGGUUCAAGCAGGAGGUCACUCGACGGGUUGGAGAAAGAGCUGAGAGGGAGAACUCCACACCACAAUGUGUGAAGGACUUGAAACCAAAUUGGAAGGGGUGUGGGAUUUGUAUGGAUUUUAACCUGAAAUCGUUUGAAGGGUACUACCCGGCUGGCAAGCCCACAAAAUCCGUGGCGAUGAAAUGGGAGGGUUCUUCGCGCAGUGAUGGCAAGCUGGCGGCACUGAGCUAUGUACUGGACUUUUUGUGGAGCAACCACAUAGCAAAGGGACGUGACGGAAAAGACCGACCAAGUCAAGAAACUAUAGAGUCUGCGUUGGUGCAAGCUUUCACUGAGGCGGUUCAGACGUAUCCCGAACAGGGCAAGUACUGCCGUGUGAUCAACCAACAUUUGGUGAGGCGCAAGUACUCGGUGCGUUUUGCGGAGUUGUCGGACUUGGAGAGCCUGCUAGCCCUUGAGCAAUUGGCCUGGGCCGAAAAUUUGCGAGCCACUUCUGAAGUGUUGAAAACGCGCUUAGAGACCUCACCCACCACCAACUUGGUUUGCGUGAUGGAUGGCAAAGUUGUUGCAGUGCUGUACAUGCAGCGCAUCGCUGCCCUGAGCGAUGUAGAGAAUGAGACGUUUAUGGAAAUCUCCAAGAUGCAUCGGCCAGAGGGCCGUAUUCUACAGCUGAUUGCCAUCGCCACCCACCCAGAAGUGAGCAAGAUGGGCAUCGGCUACGAGUUGAGGUCCUUCGCGCUUCAUCUGGGUCGACUGGAUCCCAGUGUAGACUUCGUGGUGGGCGUCACUCGAUGCCAAGACUUUGCCUCCGCGAAACCCAAGCGAAGCAUGCAGCAGUACGUCGAUGACCAUAAAGCUGGCCGUAUCGCAGAUCCCAUUCUGGACUUCCACACCAGCUACGGCGCCGAAGUGCUGCGGCUGGUGCCCAGCUUCCGGCCGGAGGACGUGGACAACGAGGGCGUGGGUGUGCUCAUCAAAUACAACGUCAAGGCGCUCACCCGACAACUUGACGUGGAGGUUCCAAAGGCCAAGGUGGAGGUGCCCAGCAUCGAAGUGGUGGCGCAGAUUCUGGAGGAGUUGGAUUACAAGCUUGACCGAAAUGAUCUGCACAAGGGCUUCUUUGACUAUGGCCUGGAUUCGCUAGAGUUGAUCCGUGUGCGCAAUCGCUUGAGCAGCUCCUUCCGGCUGGACCUACCGGCGACGCUGCUGUUGGAUUUCCCAACUGUCAAGGACUUGGCUGAUCAGCUGGACCGAGACAGAGGAUUAGGUGAUCCGAUGGAGUCGCUGAGUGCGGAAUCCGAUAGCGAGGCAGAACAGGAGCUCAGUGGAUGGGAAGGAGUGACACCUUCGCAGUUGCUGGAACUUCAAGAGAAGUUCAAAAGCGUGUACAAACAGUCAGUCUACCAGAAACAGUUCUCGGAGUUGGCCCGAAAGUGCUAUCCUGUCCCUUGGCGAUAUAUCCUGGCCAUAGAAGAGAUUCUGGUGCAGGUUGAGGGGCCGGUUUUAUUGGAGUUUGGCCUUAUCGAUGCUUUAGACUGGCAGACGGUACAGAUUGGGCGCAGUCACAUGACCGCCACACAGAUCAAGUACUGGAAAGACUUCCCUGAGGUGAAGCAAACCAUGGACGAAAUCCUGCAUAUCACGCCGCUUGGAAGCUCACGUGAGGAGACGGCCACUGGAGUAACCCUAGAGCUACCAAGGAUCCCAGUUCAUCCAGAGCACAUGGGUGAAGAUGCAAGUUAG